AUGGGCUCAGCUUCGAUAAAAUCCAAAGAGCCAACUUUGGUGGACCACCUUAGUCGGAUCGUGGCUUCAGACGUCAACGGAAACAGGGUGAGCAUGGCAAGCGUCUUUGAGAUUGAAACUCUUUGCUUGGCUCAGCUCAGGCUGGAUACCGAUAGGAAAGACCCUGUUCAAACGCUCAAGGACCUUCUCACCUCUCUUACAUCAGAAAUCAAGGCUUUACCGACGUGGUUUCUGAAGAUGAAGGUUGAUUCGAAUAGGACAUUAGAUGAGAUGCUCGUUCCCACUCGCAGCUCUCUUGACAGUCUGCAAAAGGAUCAGUGGGCUAUCAAGAAGAAGCAUGGUGGCUCCACAAUCUUUGGCCAAAACGUUGGUCUGGCUAUUGAGGAGAGGCUGGGUGGCAUCACCGCUGCCAUCCACCUGGGAAACGCAUUGGGCCAGGAGGGAUACGUAGAAGGCCUCGACAAGGGCAAUCUCGGCGUCGUUUACAAAGCUCAAAAGCCUUUGAGCCUUUGA